AAAAUAAAAACAUACAAUUUGCGACGUCAUUGAGCGGUAUAAGCAAUGUUAGGAUGUGUUUGUAAUGGCUGCGAAUGCGACACAUUUGGAUAUUAAGUCCUCAUUCUUACUGUAUUCAGUCACUUUCUUGAUAUUUUUUGUAUAAUGGGUGGAAUAUUUUCAAGAAUAUUUGCUAGUCUCUUUGGUGCUAAAGAAACCCGAAUUUUAAUAUUAGGAUUAGAUGGUGCUGGUAAAACUACAAUUUUAUACAGGUUACAGGUUGGUGAAGUAGUUACUACAAUUCCAACAAUUGGUUUCAAUGUUGAAAGUGUUUCAUAUAAAAAUUUAAAGUUUCAAGUUUGGGACUUAGGAGGACAAACAAGUAUUAGGCCAUAUUGGCGUUGUUAUUAUGCCAACACUGACGUUGUUAUUUAUGUGGUAGAUAGUCAAGAUAAAGAAAGAAUUAGCAUUUCAAAGCAAGAGUUAUUAGCUAUGCUAGAGGAAGAAGAAUUAAGAAAAACUAUUCUUUGUGUAUUUGCAAACAAACAGGAUAUGGAAGGAGCAAUGACUGCUGCAGAAGUUUCAAAUGCUUUAGGUUUAUCUUCGCUUAAAACAAGAACAUGGUCCAUUUUUAAAACAUCUGCAACAAAAGGAGAGGGGUUAACAGAAGCCAUGGAUUGGCUUGUUGAUGCAUUAAAAGCUCGUCAAUAAACGUUUUCUUCACAUCAAAUUACAGGUGGAAGAGAAAAGAAGAGAUGACCGAGAAGUGUCCAAAAUAACUUUGACACGAGAUUAUCCGUUCUUAUUUAGCAAGCGAGGUUUAUUUGCGAUUAUAAGCGACAAUAUAUUUUUUAUUUAAAUUAAUACUAGACCACAUA